ACGUAUAUACGUACGAACGAUCAUUCUGUAUUACGAGUUGAAAGUAAUCGGCUCGCAGUAGCUAGUAACGAUACGGUCUGUUUCAAAUGUUGACAUAUUCCAUAUAAGAAUAGCGAGCGAACGAGCGAACGAGAUAGAAAGAGAGAGAAGGAGAGAGGGAGAGAGGGAGAGAGAGAGAGAGAGAGAGAGGGAGAGAGAGAGAUAAGAUAAAAUUAUUAAUUGGAAAAAUUCAAAUCCAAUUGAUCGAGGAUUCAACGAUCGAAAUUGAUAUUCGUGGAAAAUAAAAGAUUGUAAAUUUUUAAGUGAAAUCGAUAAAAGACACGUGAUAAGUGCGGGUAAAGUCGAGGAUCUAAUAUUCAUCGAUACAAAAACCGAAAUCUCUUUCUCUCUCUCUCUCUCUCUUUUUCUCUCUAUAUAUCUCUAUCUCUGUCUCUGUCUCUGUCUCGUUACGGUCAUUUCUACAUAUCUCGAGUUGAGAAACUCGGGGAAGUACCAACGUGUGUUGUGUCGAUAUCACGUGAAUCCAAGGAUCGACGAACGAGCGUGUCGACAAGCCGCUUUAACAGAAAGAUCGAUCGAUUGCCGGAACGAGAACCUUUGUCUUUAUAAAAUCAUGAAGGGGUUUUGAAAGUGGAGAGAGAGAGGGGAGAGUAACGAUAAUAAGUAUAUAACUGAACGUCGACGAUGUUGGACAGAGAUCGUUGAAAGAAUUGAAAGUAUUCGGAUCGAGUGUAAAAAUUUAAGAGCCUAAGUGUGCCUAUCGUAUUAUAUUAAAUUUUUUAAUCGACUUAAUCAUGAACGAUUACGUGAAUAUAAAAUCAUUUAAAUCUAAUCACGUGAUAAUAAAAAAAAGAUCUAAUAUCGUAGUGCCAAUAAAAAGAUCAAAUUGACUUUAUCAAAGAAGACCGGUGAAGUUAUUGAAACGAACGAAUUUUAUGAUUACGAUCGAUUUAAUCAUCGAACGUAAAAUAUUUCUAACGAUUGAUCGUUGACAAUGAAAUUUUUCCUACUUUCGAUUUUGUUUCUUUGAAAAUUUGAUUAAAUCGUUGAUUAAAUCUUAUUAACGACGAAGAUACAAAGGAACAUAAUAAUUAUUGAAAUCAAAUAAAUCUAUCUAAUUUAAUUAUAUUAAUCCUUUGGAAAUAUGAAGAAGGAUCGGGAAAGUGUUAGAAGAUUGAAAGGCGAUGGUUUAUCCGUGGAAAUGGAUUUGAAUAAUCGGAUACUCGAGGUCACCGGCGAUGGUUGCAAGAUUACAUUAACAAAAAAUUGUGGUAGCGUGCGUAUAGUCGGAGAUGGAUGUCGAGUUAAGGUAACUCAUAAUGUCGGCGAUAUCGUUUAUACCGGAGACGGUGGACGUGUAUUGCUCGGUCCAAAAUCAUCGAAAGAAAAGGUCCAAUAUUUUGGGGAAGGCGGUAAAAUCAGUUUUGAUUCUGAUAAGAAGAAAAUGAAUAUGGAAGGUUCAAAGGGUACGAGGGAUGUCAAGGAAUCGAUCAUUCUAAAGAAUUAUCUUGGUACGGAUAAAGAAAAGAAUAUAGAAAAGAAGGAUGUGAGAAAAGCAAAGGAGGAAAAUUUGGAUCUACAAAAUGAAAAGAAAGAAACGUUUAAUCGUAAUAAGAUAAAAGAUAAUAAUCAGAAGGAAAUGAAUAAUAUAAAAAGCACUACAGUUUUCAUGACUCAAACCAAUCACGAGUCAAAGGAUUAUUUCGAAGUUAACAAAUGGUUCGUUUCGCCGGCUUCGAUUGCUUAUAAAUACGUCGAAAAUGUGCCUACUGUGACGGUACGUGGUGAAAAAAAAACAACGGCCCAUCCUAACAAAUGAUCGACUUAUUAUUUUCUUUCGUUAAUUAAUUCAAUUAUUUAUUUAUUUAUUGGAAAAAAAAUAUAAACAUAUAUAUAUAUAUAUAUUAUUAUUAGAAAUGUUAUUAGAAAAUUUCUCAAGAAUAUUGAUUAAAUGCUCGUUCGAUAUUUACGAAUGUGCGAAUCCAUAAAUAGCAUCACAAAAUUAGUGAUAAUUAUGAAGAAGACUAAUUAUGACUAAUCAUUGAACAUCGAAAUUGAACAGGAUAAAAAAAGCAGACAAAAUAGAAGAAAGAAUAGGAAACGAUUCUUUACGUAAUUAGAACCAAUUUAGGAUUGUUACGAAGCAGGAACGAAUUUAUAUGUAAAAUCGUAUUAGAAACCUCAUGGUUCUUGUUACAUCUUGCCAAUGGUUUAAUGACAUCAACACGUAAUAAUAAUAAUAAUAAUAAUAAUAAUAAUAAUAAUAAUAAUAAUAAUAAUAUUAAUAAUAAUAUAUAUAUAGAAAAUUUAUGUAAAGUGAUUGUAUCUUGACGAAAAUAUCGUCGGAUCUUCUUCAAAUGACUGAUUUCUUAUAUACGAACCUACUACCUCACACACACAUACACACAAACAUAUACACAUAUACACAGAUACACAUGGAAUAUUAAAUUUUAUUCGAAUGUAUCUUAGAUAUAAUUGUAAAUAAGUAAAAAAAGUAUUAUUUAACAUAAUUUAUAAUUAUCUUAAAUCUAUUGUACAAACAAGCGCCGUUUUAAUCUAUUGACUGAGUUCCUUUUCGAGUGGAAAUACCUAAAUGAUAUUUUAAUGUAUUCUCUGUGUGAAUUUGAAAAAAAAAAAAAAAAAAGAAAAAAGAGAAAGAAGAUUAAUGAUGUUAAAAAAAAAAGAAGAAAAAAAAAAAAGAAAAAAAGG